AUGGCGCCCUACACCCCAAUCAUCACCGAUUUCUACGCCCACCAUGCAAACCAUUACUGGCUCAUAACCCAAGAGCCGACUCUCUGCUGCGUGAUCCUCCUCAUCUCAUCCCGCCACAGCGUCCUCUCCAACGCAGGCGGCUCCUCGCGCGAGCAGUCCAUCCACAACAGGUUAUGGCAGCAUUGCCAGCAUCUCAUUCUUAGGAUUAUGCUAGGGCAGGAGAAGCUAUCCAAAGCCAAAACGCGAAAUAUCGGGUCCAUUGAGGCGCUCAUGCUGCUGGCGGAGUGGUAUCCACGCGCAUUGCAUUUCCCACCGGAGAACGAUGGCUGGGACUCGGAUCUGAUCCUUGCCGUUCCGGAUGAGAGGGAUCCGCCGUUGCCGAUGGAAGAGACGGUCAUGUUGAAGGAGAGGUGGCGGGAAGAUGUGGUUGAGCCUGCUCGACGGGCAGAUCGAAUGGCGUGGAUGGUUCUGAGCUCUGCGUUGGCGUUGAGCCAUGAGCUUGGGAUCUUUCGAUCUACAACGGAGAAUGUACCACUGACCAAGGAUACUUCAUUGGGGAGGACCAGUACAAAUGAGUCAGUGGCGAAGACAGCGUCCGGUCCAGACGCAGAGCUCUACCUGGAGCACUUGGAACGCAGAAAGAGGAGACUCCCGCCAUUGCUCUUUGUGUUCGUGAAUCAGCUGGCUUCGAGAAUAGGCUGCACUUCACCCAUGGCGGUUGAUUUAGGAGCGGAAGUGUGGGCACGCCUGAUAAAUUCAGCUGAAAACAGGGAAUGGGUGGCAUUCAUGGCAUCAUGGGUGGAGCUGACCAGGCUGACGAUGGGGAUAAUCAAUCAAUAUUUUCCACUGGCGUCCACCGCUGGGGACCAACCACAGGGAGACGCAGCAUCGCUGGGUCAAUGGAGAGCAGGGUUAGCACGCUGGCAAGAUAGACGACCGCGGCUCUCAGACAACCCACUAAGCGAUAUCCUGAACAUCGAGUAUCAGUACGUCGUUGUGUUUAUCAACUCGAUCAAACUGCAGUCAAAGGUCACGGAGCUCCUUUCGCAUAGUGGACCCGAAGAACGACAUCAGCUCAAUUCGCGAGACACGGAGCCUGUCGAGCAGAUCAUGACAAAUGCAUGCUCCAUUCUUCGAUGGAUCACAAAUCUAGAGAAGCACAUCCCAAAUCCCAUUCAGUACCUCCCGAUCAGCAUCUUUCAUCGGGCGAUCAGCACAUCGGUCUUUCUCCUAAAGGCCCUUGCCUUCGGUGUGCGCACAGUCCAAGUCCAAGAAUGCCUUGCUUUGCUGGAUGAAGUGUCGGAUAUCUUGCAAGCCCAUGCUCUAGAUGAUAUCCACCUUGUUUCUCGAUACGCGACCCUGCUGAAGAUCCAUCUCGAGAGAUUCCGGAAGUCGUUCACCAAUGCAUACGUUUCUGAGCCUGACACAGGUGCGCCCGUCGCCACGUCACGGGAGAAUGGAACUACAACGAUGGCUCAUGAUGUAGACGCUAGUCGUUCUACUCAAGAGGUAGAACACGCUCUACCGGAACACUUGCUUGAUCAACAUAUAUUUGGCUGGUCUGACGGGAUUGUUCCAGACCCCAGUGACUGGCUCUCGUUUGCGCUGGACCCUCUGAUGGCGCCGUUUGGAACCUGGGAUGGAACGGGGCAGUUUGACUCGGGCUUAGACUCGACUUACCUGGAUCUGGACUUUAUUUGGAACUUGCCACCAUGA